CUACAAAUAAGUUAUAGCUGGGCGAAAUGGCCAUUGUGAUUGGCCGAAAGACGUAAUCUGAAAAGGGUGAAAAAACAAUAAUAAAGAGGGUAUUCUCGUAACUGUGACAAAAGUAUAAAACCCAUCUCUCCCGUCGAAGUUUCAACUCAAGUCAGUAUUCUUACACCACCGAAGAGGAAGCAGCAGAAGAAAUGGAAGUAUAGCUCUCUUUUUUACUAAUAAGGCUAUUAAGAUUUUCGGAGAGAGGGAAAGAGAUGACGAGGUUAUCUUGGUUGGUUCUCCUAAUUUCACUUCAUUUCUUCAACAAUGUUCUGGCGGAUCAGAUCUUCACACCUCAGGCAGGUGGGACAUUUGGUCGUAGCUCUCGUGAACCAAAAUACAGCGUUGAAUACCAUCAAGCAGAUUCCCCCUAUCAACCUAACGAUGAUCAGGAGUCAUUGAUGAUGUCAAAUGAGGAGGGGAAAAAGUACAUGUGUUUCUUGCCCAGUGUUGAAAAACCGAAAGCUGAAAGUUCAGUUGCUCAGCGUAAUUCAAGCAAUUCGAUUGUUGAAUCAGAAAGAAGUAUGAGAUUGAAGACACCAGAUGAACUUCUUGAGAAUUUGAAGGGUCCCUGCUUUAUUAGACAAGAAGGCUGGUGGACCUAUGAGUUCUGCUAUCACAAGAAGCUGCGCCAGAUUCAUUUGGAGGGAGAUAAGGCGCUUCAGGAAUUUGUUUUGGGAGAAUAUGAUGCUGAAGCCACUGCUCUUUACAACCAGAAUUUAUCUGAUUUUUCUACUUUAAAAGAUCCCCGCUCAAAAGAUGCAUCUCAAAGGUAUCACACACACAUAUACACGAAUGGGACCCUCUGUGAUCUCACAAAUCAGCCUCGAGAAACUGAGGUGAGGUUUGUGUGCCAACCAGGGCCUAAAGGUGUGAUUACUUCUAUUGCGGAGCUAUCCACUUGCAAGUAUGCGCUUACAUUUCAAACCCCGUACCUUUGCAAGCACCCGAUGUUCAAACAAGAGAGACCCGUACAGCACACAAUCUACUGUAACGAGCUUCCUGAAGUUGUGGGAAACGAAGAUCAAAUCCCUCAUAGGGAAAGAGAAGAUAGCGUCAGUAGCAGCCCUACUAACUUUAAAGAUAAUGAAAAGAUAAAAACGGUUGAAGGCAUUGUCGCAGAGCUAUCUAAUUACGAGGAAGAUGUUGAUUCAGAACAGUUCGCAGCAACAUAAACCAAAUCGGCCCAAGUCUGAGCAUGGUCUUUGAGACUUGUCUUCCACACAUGGAAACUAAUUAAUUAGAUUCUAGAUACAUCAGUUAAUACACUUUUGCAUAUUCUCUUUUGGUCUUAUCAUCUUUGAUUGGUGAUUACUUCUGCUAGUAAAUCAAGUAAAAAGCUCCUUAUAGUUCGUAUAUAAUCAUACUAUGGAAUAAGAUCAGUACCAUGUAAAAUUGGAAAAAUCA